AUGAGCGAUACUGAACACCAACAACAACAUACAACUAGUUUGGAGAAUGAUUUUACUUCAUCACCGAGUGUUGAUCCUUCUUUGAUAAAGAUAGAGGAGCAUCAACCUCCAACAGAGUUGUUGAAUACCUCUUCUAUAGCAGCUAGUAAUGGUUCCUUGUUAUUUGGAAAGAGUGAUAAAGAAGAGGUUAUGUUAUCGGGUGAAAGUUUGGAUGUUUUUGCUAGUAAUAAUACUUCAAAUUUAGUGAAUAAUUCAUCACAUGAUACCAGUGGCCUGUUUUUGCUGGAAAAGGUAAACGACCACAAUGAUGACAUCUUCUUGUUUGAACAAAAACCAGAGGAACAACACAACUUACCACCAAACACAACACAACCAUCAUCAAUAGAAAAUAUAGUUCCAACAGUAACAGUGUUCGAAAAGGAAAGUGUUUUAACAAGGAAAACAUAUACAGGCAAAGUUUUUUGGUCUGGUGUACAAGAAAUUGCUUUGCGAGAUAAUAAGAGGGUUUUUGAUGAACUCUCAUCACAAACCAUUAAAUCUAAAACUAUGAAGUUUUUGGAUGAUGCCUCUAUUAAACCUAAAAUUAUGAAGGACGGAAAGCUGGAUUCCACACUGAUAAAACAAAUUUUAGGUUAUCUAUUACAACAAACAGAACCUAAAGCUAAAAAGAAAAGCAAAAAGAAAACUAAAAAGGAGUUUUUAGAUUUCAAGGCCAAAAUCCUCCUUCAAAUUACGGAAUGUGUAAUAGAAACAAAUUUCAAAAAUAAUGCAAACACUAUAGUAACGCCAGCACCUUCCACUUUUUCAGUUGGUGAUGACAAUGGAGAUGAAGAUGCUCAACCAACAGUUAAUGAAAAAAUUGUUGAAUUUGAAAAGGAGUUGGAAGUAGUAUGGAAAAAAUCCAAUUUAGUGAAUUAUCUUCGAGUACCAUCAUAUGUGACUAACCUUGUAAAUAAGAAAGUAGAAUCGAUAGAAGAAGAGUUUGUGCUGGAUAUGAACGAGAAAGUUUACAAUUUGCUGGUAGAAAAUUCAGAGCUUGGCUUUGGAUUAAUAUUUGUACUUAAAAAUGUUGUUCUCCUUUCCUUGAGAAAUAGUGAUUUAGUUGAUGAAGUCAAACAAUUUUGUACAGAUGCCAAAGAGGAAGGACCACUCGUUGAAAUAUUACUUGAGGAGCUCUUUGAAGAAAAGAAGCUCAGAAUUAAAAACGAGGGUGCUGACAUUUCUGCUUUUGGAGAAAAUCCAAAGGAAGAAGCCUUUUUGAGAAAAUGUUUUGAACAUUUGGCAAGAAUCAAGGACAAGGAAGGAAAGGAUGCAGAAGCCAAAAAAUUAGUGAAUCUUCUUUCAUUAUUCAUGGAACAAAUGGAAGAAGUGGAAAAACAUCCAAACAUGAACAGAACUGUAGAAAUAAUUAGAUCACUUUUGGAUGUUGUUACUCCAGCCAACAUUGGUGGAGUUAUUGCUUAUGCCGUCAAACUUGUUGGAGUGACAGGAAUAGAUCAUUUGAAUUUCAUAACAUCUGAUCCUACUGAAUCUGGGCACUUUACUGAAGACAUUCUUGCAGAAACAGAUCAAUAUAUUCAUUUUGAUAGUGAAUAUCUGCAACUCGUGCUGCAUUUAUUGUCUUAUGCAGCCAUUUCACACCAAAACCAAAAGGAAACAGUCAUACAAGCAAAUAUUCUUUUGGGUAAGAUUUAUGCCUAUAUUUUGAGAAACGAAAAUAUCCAAGACAGACAAGCUGUAAUGAUUUUCUUGAGAUAUGUAUCAUGGAUACCUCCAGUUACACCAAUGGAAGAAACUUCUUACUAUUAUUCUUAUACAACUACAACUGUAUUGAGACAGAUGGAUGAAAUUGAAACUGAAGAUCCUGCACUUCAAGAACAAAGAAAGAUAUUAAUGGAAUAUAUUGCACAAUUAGAUCCUCAUCUCCACGCCUAUAUGAGACAAAUUCACGCAAGUCUGAAGGGUCUUUUCCAAAUUACCCUCAAAAGUAGCGCUGGAGUUAAUGGAUAUAAGAAAUUUGUUCAAUUGAUUUUAUCAACUAAAUCAUAUUUUGUUCUUGAAAAGAAGGAUGAAGAUUGGAAAUUAUUAAUAGAAUAUAUUACUAACAAGUAUAGAAGAUUAAGAUCAUUUUGUAGAAUGUUGAAAGACUCUGCUCUUAAAUCUGAUGAAGAAAUGUAUGCAGCUCAACAACAGGCUCAACUUCAAGCUCAACAACAAUAUGCCCAACAACAAUACAUGUAUCAACAGCAACAACAAAAUCAAGAUGUAGUGGUUGAGUAUGAAGAUUAUCAAGAUGAGGAUGUAGCUUCAACAAAGAAGAGAUCUCUUCCAUUCUAUGAUUCACAACCAGAACAACAGAAAGUGAAAUAUUCAUACUUUAAAUAA